AUGAAGUCCCUGCUAGAGAGCAGUCCUGAAAGAGACUUUUAUGAAGUUCCUGACAAAGAGGGGAACUCAUUAUCUCUUCCAGCAAACAGACUUGGUCCAAUCCCCGCCACACAGUCUCCUUCUACACCACCCAAGCCCAGCCCCAGAGCGAACCCGAGGAGAUCUCCUACUCCUGUCCAGAAGCCCUCAGGCGACGAUGAAUAUGAAGUUUGUGAUCCAGAAGAUAGUUCCACUAAUAAACGUGCUGAGGGUCCUCCUCGACCAAGACCAAAACCUUUGCCAAGAGAGAGGUCCCCAAUACCACCUGUCAAGCCGAAGCCAGAAUUCAAACCUAGGGAAUUUGAAAGCCGAACGCUGACUGUGAUGCAGAAGGAUCUGAAGCCUCAGAGAACAGCUUUCACACUGGACCCCCAACGACCAAAAAUUCCUUUUCCACAGAUGACCUUCACAAAGCCAACUGACAGAGGAAGUGUCAUUGCUGAGAAUGGGACAACAGGCCAAGAUAAGGAUGCAGGCGUCUAUAAGAAAUCCUGGUAUGCCUCGGCAUGUGACCGCAAAACUGCUGACGAUGCGUUGUGUCGCUCGGGCAAAGACGGGGCGUUCAUGGUGAGGAGGAGCUCCGGUCAGGACGCGCAGCAGCCAUACACACUAGUGGUGUUUUAUAAGGGCAGAGUGUACAACAUCCCCAUCCGCUUCAUAGCCGGCACUCAGCAGUACGCUCUGGGAAGAGAGAAGAAAGGGGAGGAGUUUUUCAGCAGCAUCUCCCACAUCGUAGAGAACCACCAGAGGCAUCCUCUGGUGCUGAUCGACAGCCAGAGUAACAGCAAGGACGCCGUCAGACUGAGCCAGCCCGUCACGCCCUGAUGACCUAACCACGGAUUGGACAAACCUGCUGUUUUUACUGCCGGACUAUUGUUUACAGAAGUCAUUAUUUGAUGCAUAUCGCCUCCCAGUGUUCAAUGAAUGCUUCAUCCACAUCAUUUAAAUGUGUAUAUCUAUUACUAUCCCUGAGUGACCUUGCAUUUGUGAAGAAUCUUCCAGAAGAAUCCACAAGCGGAGAACAAUCUGAAGGAGUCACAAAAACGUAUACAUUUAAUUUAUCCAGAGCAACUCACAAUAAUGAGGAUACAAACUCAGAACAGCAACUUAUUUAAACUUCUAGAUACUGAAAUUAUAUGUUUCUCUUUAUUGGUUAAUGUGCAGUCUGUGACGGAAAAAAACAUGCAUUUAGAAAACUCUAAACUGACCAUAAGGAGAGUUAAAUCGUAAGGUUUUAUUCAGAAUGCAUGUGUUUUGGAAGUAGUCAGCAUAAAGCUGAGCAGAAGACUUUUUAUACGCUUAUACACUAGUGACUAGACUAAAAGCUUAAGAUGUAAAACACCACCUAUAAAGUUUCUUAGUGGAUGUUUUGUUCCAUCGCAGACUGAAAACCUAGCAUUAUAUUGAUAUUGAUGAUCAUGUUGUUUUUUGAAGGAUCAAAUAUGAUUUGUUAAGUCUGUGGAAUACUAUUUGUUUAUAUCUCAGCUAACAAGGUGAAAAACUGCUAACGCUUUGGUCGUUUUGUGGUUGAAGUAUUCCUUUCAUAUUUAGUCCAGUAAACAGGAUUGUAUGUAUUGCACUCAGAAGACUAUAACUUUUUGAAGAUGUUUUUUUAAUGCGUAAACAGUGUAAUAAAAAUGAAUGUGGGGA